CCUCGAACCAACUCUGGGUUAUCAUGAGCAACAGCUGCAUGCAGCAAGAGGCAAGCAAGAGCAGCAGGUUUGCCUCAUUUACCUGUAGGAGCUCAUUUUGAGAUGUGAAAGACUACUGGCUGUGUAGCAGCACUGCGUUCUGCUUGGUAGAGGAGUGUAGUCCUGUCCCAUUGGCAUGAAAAGCAGGAGGUCUGGGCUCAAGAAUUUUCCAGCUAACCCAGCAGCAAAGGGGGCCCCUUACUAACACUGGUUUGGCCCCUUCUGCAUCAGCUCCAAUGUGCUGCCAGUGCUGGACAUUGCUUGGCACAGUGCAGUGCAGGGGAUCUGGUCCGCCAGGAGCAGGACUCGCCUCUUGUUGGAGCAGUCAGGAAUGUGGAUGAAAUGAUGACCAUUCCCCAUCACAGCAGAACACUUCUAUGACUUUGCAGACUGUAUUUACAACCAGAAUGGAAUGUGUUCUGGGAAGAAACAGCAGAAAGGCUUGGAGUCGUAUAUUGAACUUCAUGUCUUUACCCUUGCUGUGAAGACAGUCCUUCCACACUGAGUGACGAUGCCUGUGUAGAGUUCCAUGAACAAUACCUUGUUUCCUGAAUGGCUUCCAGAAGAAUCGUUGGUACCUUAUUUUCUUAGUGGCUAUUAAUGAAUACGGAGGAUUCAGAUGGCUGGUCAAGUAAAAGACCUUGAUCAGAAUUGAAUGCUGUGUGUGCCAGAUGUAUUGAGGAAAUGAUUUACUGUAAGCAAAAUAACUGCUCUUGGUUGAAGCACUGAAUCCAGUAAGAUGAAGAAUGUCAAAAGGAGUCUACGAAUGAGAACAAGAUGGCAGUUCCACUCUUGAUUGAGAGGUUGAGGAAGUGGACUAAUGCAUGAGUGCUGUGAUAUUUCUGUCCAAGAGAAGGACGUUAAAACGUGGACUCCUGUGUUUUUUAAACCAGAGAAGAUCUGGGUUGUGAUCAUCCGAUCAAAAUGGACUUUGCACUUGAAUUGAUCAGGGGACUGGGUCAGUGGUUGUCCAGUGAUGGAUCUGUUUGAGGACUGGGUGGUAAAAUUUUAUUCUCAGAUUAUAUAUGUUUAAGAAGGGAAUUAAAUUGGUAAGAAAUCUGUUACUAUCCCAUUGGACAAAAUGUAUUUUUUUUUUUAAAGUGACUUAAUAAAAGGUUUUGGUUUCUUUCAUGCUUUGUGUUUGUCCUUUCUGGCUGAAUCUUUUCUUGGUCGUGUUGAUAUUUAAGUGUUGUAUUUUUGGUUGCUAUGAAAGUGAGAAAUACUUUAGCUGCCAAACACUAAAGGCAAGGUAAAAAUUUUAUGUUCCUAAUGUUUAAAAUGUGGUUUUCAUUUACAAAUUAUCUUCACUUUGCUAUGACUUCUAAUGAAUAUUUAUUCUGGUUUGUUCAUUUAGGUGCUUAAUGUGGGGCACUUUUUCUAAACUUGGUGUGUUGUCAGAGUGCUUCUGCUGAGCCUUCUGAAGUUAUUUUAAGGUGGAAUCGCUAUCAUGCUGAAGGCUGGGCAAAUGUGUUAUAAUAAAGGAGUACUUAAAUGUUUUCUGUAGGUUUGUAAGAUGUGCUUGUUCAGUCGUGUGUGUGUGUGUACAGAAACUGUUACCAGACUUCCUGGACAACAUAAUUCCUAAACAGUCUUUUUUCCUAAAAUUGUUCUGUACGUGUACCUGAACUGUUUCACUGCUAUUUAAUGUGGACAUGGCUUCCUGAUUCUGUACCAUAUAUUUGAUGAGGAAAGUUGUGUUAAUUUUCUCACUGCUUCAGGUGAUGGUUGCUUUUUCAAAUGAAUUUGAAGGUGGUUCUUACACUAAAAAACAAAAAAAAAAAAUCCAGAUUUUUUGUGAAUGAAAUAAUUGAACGAUAUUUCAACUACAUUUCACUUGAAAUUCAUGGUUGUCUGUGUCAGUUGGUCUUCAUGCGUAAGACAGAUCUCAUUCUGAGAGCUUAAGCAAUGGAAGUUGUUGUUGUUUUUGUUUUUUUAAAGAAAAAAAAAAAAGAAAGAAGUGGGCUAUUCAGUGAUUUUGCUCCUUUAGGCGUCUUUGGAAAUAUCCACUUGUACCGUAAUGAGUUGUUCAUGCUUGUUGGAUCCAGCUGUUUCGAUGAUGCUGAUGUCAAUGCUCGCCUGUUGAAGUUUGCUUUUGCCAUGCUUUAUAGGAGGUGGUGUUGGAUGCUGGGACCAACUUAGAGAUCCACAUUCAGAUGAGUGGAUUUUCUUUACCGUUAACCGAAAGCAUUUGCAAUUUUGUUGUCCUACUCCUUGGUUCCAGUUCAGGUGUUAAGGGGUCUUCCGUAAAUUGUUGGUAAACUGACGUUCAGUGAAGUGGAUGCUGACAGCAGAGCGGACCUUAAUGUACCUCUUGGUAUGGAGAUAUGAUAGCUUGUUGGCAGAAAUAGGCAGCAGGUGUGUAGAGUUCAAAGGAAAUUUAUUGGUUCAGCUGGUGGAAGCCAGUUGUUUCCAAGCUGUUGGGAUGCUGUGCUGCGGACAGUCCUUGUAGACAGUGGAACUUGCCCAGUGCCUUCUUCCCCUCCAUCAGUUACCCAAUGGCUGAUUUCCAUCUCUGGUUGUGAUGGCUACAAAUGUGGAAGAAGUCCUUGUGAUUUAAGUUGUCUGUUGCUUGUGGGGAAACAAAUGGUGGUCAGGAUGCAAGAGGCUGGGGAUGCUUGGUUCUCCUCCAUCUCCUCUGUGAUGUCUUCUCAGUACCCCAGAUGUUGGACUGUAGACGUGGCUUGAUUUCUGAAUGUUCAUCUUGGCUGUUUCGCGGCUUUGAAUUCUUUUGUUUAAAAUCUCUUGGCAAAUAUUAAUGAGUUAAGAAUGGAAAUGAGAAAUAAUUCAUUUGAUGGUGUGGGACUUAUUCUACAGCAGUGCCUUCACGUCGCUGAUGAGAUUGCCGUAGCAGUUGGGUUUGUGUUGCUGGGGCAGACCACUAGGGAGGCGCUGUUGAGCUGGAAGGGGUUGGAAGCACUGUGGGGCUUUUUCAGCAGCUCGUGGCAUUUCUGUCCCAAGCACUACGUGCAAGCAUUGGAUGACAAAAGGAAAGGCUUUUGUCUGGGGGUACUAUGGCUUAAUUUAAAAAUAAAUGCCCCUCGGGUGGGGCGACCCCCAAGGUGGGCUGUUGUUGGCUGCAUGGCUGUGAGCUCCACUGCCAUUCUUUCAAAAUGGCUUGUAGCAGCAGCACUUCCUGUCCAGGGAGGAAGUAAUUUUAGCCCAUGCACUGAAAUAUUUAGCAAAUCUUUAAAACAAAAGGAACAAAUUACGUUUCUUUCUGGUUUCAAAAGGGUGGCUGAGCCACAGGGGGUUAAGGUGCCCCUUCUGCUGGGGUAGUUGGAAGGAGCCAGGGCUGUGGGGGGUAGCAGGCACCCUUUAGGUGGAGGCUAUCUCUUUUUUUGGUAGAAAUGAAGGGGUGGGUCUAUGGUACAUCACCUGAGUUGUGGGGUAAAUGUAGAGAGUGUCAAUCAAAGGCAGAGCUCAGAGCUGGGAAGGAGCUCUAGAUGGCGGCUGUGCCUUAGAGAGAGCGCGCUCAGCUCCGUGCCUUCCCCAACACUUUACGCAACUUUCCCUAACUUUCGGGCAGCCUCAGGGGGCCCCCACAGCCCCUUGCCUCUCCUAGGCACUAAUAGGGGGCCGAGCGGACCUUUUUCGGGCAGAAAAGCAGCUUUUGAGGGCUCCCUUUUCGUGCCUUGCUGGAAAGAAGAAGCCGUGGAGAGAGCCCAGGUCGUUGUUUUUCCAGCUUAGAAGCCAUGGCGUACCUCCAUUUUUGUGCGCUCUCCUAAUGAGCUUUUUCCCCCGGACAUUUUUGUACUAAUUAUCGUUUCUUUUGCUUUACCGACAGCAUAUUUUUGGGAUUAGAAUAUAUAUAUUUUUUCUUUUUCUGAAUUUCGUAUUUUAUCAUUCGAACUCUAAAUAUUUUGGAUCUAAUGUUUUUCCACGACCCGAAACUAAGAUCGACUUGGUCCUGGCGGCGGUGCAUGGAUCAGUAAAUACCUGGGCACAGGACUUCAAAGCAAGCAGACAUCCCUGACCCCCUCUUAUUAUUUAAGAAUAAAAAGAUGAUGAGAAAUAAGGACAAAAGCCAAGGAGAGGAGGGUUCAGUCCACAGCAAUGCAUCGAGUCACUCAGCAUCCGAAGAAGCCUCUGGCUCUGACUCUGCAAGCCAGUCUGAGAGCGAGCAGGGCAGCGAGCAGGGCAGCGAGUCUAACAGCAGCUCCGAGUCCUCUGAAAGUCAGUCUGAAUCCGAAAGUGAAUCAACGGGUUCGAAAUCCCAGCAGACCCCUCCUGAAACCAAAGAAAAACCAGCCUCUAAGAAGGAAAGGAUAGCAGAUGUUAAAAAGAUGUGGGAAGAAUAUCCUGAUGUUUAUGGGGUUAGGAGGUCAAACCGAAGCAGACAAGAACCGUCACGAUUUAAUAUAAAAGAUGAGGCAAGUAGCGAAUCUGAAAAUGAGAGCCCAAAAAGAAGAGGCCAGAAGCAAGUGAAAAGAAAAAAAAAGUGGAAAAGAGAGAUUUCUGGUGAAGAAGAGGAUGAAGAUGGAGGGGAUCAAGGCACCAGUGCAGAGAGCGAACCUGAACCGAAGAGAAUUAAAGCAAAAAGACCUGUCCAAAGGAGAACAAUGGCCAAAACCAAUGUUAAAAAACCUCCCAAACUCCAGCGUGGGAAGAAGAGAAAGAGACAGGUGUCAUCUGAAGAUGACGACGAUGAUGAAGAUGGUGAAACUCCUAAGAGACAAACUCGACGAAGAGCAGCCAAAAAUGUCAGUUACAAGGAAGACGACGAUUUUGAGACGGAUUCUGAUGACCUGAUAGAGAUGACUGGGGAAGGGGCUGAUGAACACGAAGACAACAGUGAAACUAUUGAAAAAGUCUUGGACAUCAGGCUUGGAAAAAAAGGAGCCACUGGUGCUUCCACCACAGUGUAUGCAACUGAAGCUAAUGGCAACCCUAGUGCUGACUUUGACCCUGAAAAGGAUGAGGGAGAGGUUCAUUACCUGAUCAAAUGGAAAGGCUGGUCGUACAUCCACAGCACAUGGGAGAGCGAGGAGUCCCUGCAACAGCAGAAAGUGAAGGGCCUGAAAAAACUAGAGAACUUCAAGAAAAAGGAAGAGGAGAUCAAGCAAUGGCUGGCCAAGGUAUCGCCUGAAGAUGUGGAAUAUUUCAACUGCCAACAGGAGCUGGCUUCAGAGCUGAACAAACAGUAUCAAAUCGUGGAGAGAGUAAUUGCUGUGAAGACCAGCAAGUCUGCGACAGGGCAUGCUGACUUUCCAGCAAACAGUCGCAAAACAUCCUCGAAUGACCCCGAAUACCUGUGCAAGUGGAUGGGACUGCCCUAUGCAGAGUGCAGCUGGGAAGAUGAAGCUCUGAUAAGCAAGAAAUUUCAGCACUGCAUUGACAGCUUCAACAACCGUAACAACUCCAAAACAAUUCCUACCCGGGACUGCAAGGUACUGAAGCAGAGACCAAGAUUUGUUGCCUUGAAGAAGCAGCCUUCUUAUAUUGGCAGUGAGAACCUGGAGCUGCGAGAUUAUCAGCUGGAGGGCCUCAACUGGCUUGCUCACUCGUGGUGCAAGAACAACAGUGUGAUCCUGGCUGAUGAAAUGGGCCUGGGGAAGACGAUUCAGACAAUCUCAUUCCUGUCGUACCUCUUCCACCAGCACCAGCUGUACGGUCCUUUCCUGGUGGUGGUUCCUCUGUCGACUCUCACCUCGUGGCAGAGAGAGUUUGAAGUGUGGGCACCUGAGAUCAACGUGGUGGUUUACAUCGGUGACCUCAUGAGCAGGAACAUGAUACGUGAAUAUGAGUGGAUCCACUCUCAAUCUAAAAGGUUGAAAUUCAAUGCACUUAUCACCACAUAUGAGAUUCUCCUCAAAGACAAGGCUGUUUUGGGAAGUAUUAGCUGGGCCUUUCUAGGCGUGGAUGAAGCCCAUCGUUUGAAAAAUGAUGACUCUUUGCUGUACAAAACAUUGAUUGACUUCAAGUCCAACCACAGGCUGCUGAUCACUGGCACUCCGCUUCAAAAUUCACUCAAAGAGCUCUGGUCCCUGCUGCAUUUCAUCAUGCCUGAGAAGUUUGAGUUCUGGGAGGAUUUUGAAGAAGAUCAUGGGAAAGGUAGAGAGAAUGGCUACCAGAGCCUUCACAAAGUCCUGGAGCCGUUUCUCUUACGCAGAGUGAAGAAGGAUGUGGAGAAAUCUUUGCCAGCCAAAGUGGAGCAGAUCCUCCGUGUGGAAAUGUCUGCUUUGCAGAAGCAGUAUUACAAGUGGAUUUUGACAAGAAACUACAAGGCUCUUUCAAAGGGAACAAGAGGAAGCACAUCUGGUUUCCUAAACAUCGUGAUGGAGUUGAAGAAGUGCUGCAACCACUGCUACCUUAUCAAGCCUCCUGAGGAAAAUGAGAGAGAGAAUGGCAUUGAGACCCUGCAGUCUCUGAUCAGGAGCAGUGGAAAGCUAAUUCUUUUGGACAAGCUGCUGACCAGGCUGCGGGACAGAGGCAACAGAGUCCUGAUCUUCUCCCAGAUGGUGAGGAUGCUGGACAUCUUGGCAGAGUACCUGACUAUCAAACACUAUCCUUUCCAGCGCUUAGACGGCUCAAUCAAAGGGGAGAUCCGAAAGCAGGCGCUGGACCACUUCAACGCCGACGGCUCUGAGGAUUUCUGUUUCUUACUGUCAACACGAGCUGGAGGGCUGGGAAUUAAUUUGGCCUCUGCUGAUACUGUUGUUAUCUUUGAUUCGGACUGGAAUCCCCAGAAUGACCUUCAGGCUCAGGCUCGGGCUCACCGCAUCGGACAAAAGAAGCAGGUGAAUAUUUACCGCCUGGUCACAAAGGGUACAGUUGAGGAGGAGAUCAUUGAAAGGGCCAAGAAGAAAAUGGUGCUGGAUCAUUUGGUGAUCCAGCGUAUGGACACCACUGGACGGACUGUUCUGGACAACAACUCUGGGCGAUCCAAUUCAAAUCCUUUCAACAAAGAAGAGCUGACAGCUAUUCUGAAGUUUGGAGCUGAAGAUCUCUUUAAGGAGCUUGAAGGAGAAGAGUCAGAGCCUCAGGAGAUGGACAUUGAUGAAAUUCUGCGCUUGGCUGAAACACGAGAGAAUGAAGUGUCCACCAGUGCCACUGAUGAGCUGCUGUCACAGUUCAAGGUGGCUAACUUUGCAACCAUGGAGGAGGAAGAGACAGAGCUGGACGAGAGGCCCCAGAAGGACUGGGACGAUAUCAUUCCCGAGGAGCAGAGGAAAAAAGUGGAGGAGGAAGAAAGGCAGAAAGAACUGGAGGAAAUCUACAUGCUGCCUCGCAUCCGGAGCUCAACGAAAAAGGCUCAAACAAAUGAUAGUGAAUCAGAUGCAGAGACUAAGAGAAGGCUUCAGAGAUCAUCGGGGUCAGAAAGUGAGACUGAUGAUACCGAUGAUGAGAAGAGACCAAAGCGCCGUGGACGUCCUCGGAGCGUUCGAAAGGAUACUGUGGAAGGAUUUACUGAUGCUGAAAUCCGGAGGUUUAUCAAGGCUUACAAGAAGUUUGGACUGCCUCUUGAGCGGCUGGAGUGCAUUGCCCGGGAUGCUGAGCUGGUGGAUAAGUCUGUGGCUGAUCUGAAGCGUUUAGGGGAACUCAUCCACAACAGCUGUGUGUCAGCAAUGCAGGAAUAUGAGGAGCAGCUGAAAGAAAACCCAGGUGAAACAGGGAAAGGACCUGGGAAAAGAAGAGGUCCUACCAUCAAGAUCUCUGGUGUCCAAGUGAAUGUGAAAUCCAUCAUCCAGCAUGAAGAGGAGUUUGAAAUGCUGCAUAAAUCCAUCCCUGCAGACCCAGAGGAAAGGAAGAAGUACCGCCUGACGUGCCGUGUCAAAGCUGCCCAUUUUGAUGUAGACUGGGGAGUGGAGGAAGAUUCUCGCUUGUUAGUGGGAAUUUACGAGCAUGGUUAUGGAAACUGGGAACUAAUUAAAACAGAUCCGGAAUUGAAGUUAUCUGAUAAGAUCCUACCUGUUGAGACAGAUAAGAAACCUCAGGGAAAACAGCUCCAGACCCGAGUGGAUUAUCUACUGAAACUGCUGAAGAAGGAUCUGGAGAAGAAAGAAAACAUGAAAGAUGGGGAAGAGGGCAAGCUAAAGAAGAGGAAACCACGAAUAAAGAAAGAGAACAAGGCUCCCAAAGUCAAAGAUGAGCAUGGGAACGAACUCUCCCCUCCUCGGCACUCAGACAACCAGUCAGAAGAAGGUGAAGUCAAGGAUGAUGGCUUGGACAAGAGCCCAGUGAAAAAGAAACAGAAGAAGAAAGAGAACAAAGAGAACAAGGAAAAACAGACAAGCACUAAGAAAGAAAAGGAAAGUGAUAAAGAGAAAAAGAAGACAAAAGAAAAGAAAGAGAAGCCUAAAGGUGGUGAAGCCAAAUCUGGAAGUAAAGGGAAGAGAUCGCAAGGUCCCGUCCACAUUACAGCGGGGAGUGAACCAGUCCCUAUUGGAGAGGAUGAGGAUGAUGAUCUGGACCAAGAAACAUUCAGCAUAUGCAAGGAAAGGAUGAGACCAGUGAAAAAAGCACUGAAACAACUUGAUAAGCCUGAUAAGGGACUGACGGUUCAGGAACAGCUGGAGCACACACGCAACUGCCUCCUAAAAAUUGGGGACCGCAUCUCUGAGUGCCUUAAAGCCUACACCGACCAGGAUCUUAUCAAGCUAUGGAGAAGGAACCUAUGGAUAUUUGUGUCAAAGUUCACAGAAUUUGAUGCCAGAAAACUGCACAAACUCUACAAGAUGGCUCAUAAGAAAAGGUCGCAGGAAGAGGAGGAGCAGAAAAAGAAGGAGGACAUGGCCAGCAUGCCCAGCGUGAAGAAGCCGUUCCGCCCAGAGCCUUCGGGCUCCAGCCGCGAUCCUGCCAUGGCCCAGUCUCACGUGCCUCACAAUCCUCAUUCCCAGAAGCUCCACAUGCCCCCUUCCCACGCCCAGCAGCAAAUGCACGGGCACCCACGUGAAAGCUACGGCCAUCCCCCCAAGAGACACUUCAGCAACACAGACCGAGGAGAGUGGCAACGAGAUCGAAAGUUCAGCUACAGUGGCAACAGCAACCAGAUGUGGGGCGGGGAGCGGCAUCACCAAUACGAGCAGCACUGGUACAAGGACCACCACUAUGGGGACCGGCGAUCUCGUGGAGAGCCGCACCGCAGCUCUGGGAACUACAGACCAAAUAACCUCUCCCGCAAGAGGCCGUACGAACAGUACAGCAGUGACCGAGACCACAGAGGCCACCGGGAUUAUUACGACAGGCACCACCACGACUCCAAGCGCCGACGAUCCGACGAGUUCAGGCCUCAGAAUUACCACCAGCAGGAUUUCCGACGGAUGUCUGAUCACAGGCCGCCCAUGGGGUACCAUGGCCAAGGACCUUCGGACCACUACCGGUCCUUCCACACAGACAAACCGGGAGACUACAAACAGCCCCUUCCUCCACCUCACCCUUCCGUAUCGGACCCUCGCUCGCCCCCCUCUCAGAAAUCUCCUCAUGAUUCCAAGUCGCCUCUCGAUCACAGGUCGCCUCUGGAUAGGUCGCUAGAACAGAAAAACAAUCCAGACUAUAACUGGAACAUUAGGAAAACGUAAAGCGACUGAGAAGGGGGGGAAACACAUCUGGAAAGACUUGGAUGCAACAACCAGAAACUCUGAACAUGCUGCUAUCAUCUUGCUGGGUCAAGGAGGAUUUUGGAGGAGCAGGUGGAGGAAGACUCAGUUCUAAUUUGGGUUCCCAUUUUGUUUCCCCCCCUUUCUCUCAUUGAACGUUGGAAACAGACUUGCCUCAUUCUUUUUCUUUGGUUUGUUUUCCCCAAUCCGACGGACACAUGGUGAAUUUUCCUCAGCCACAGUGUUUCCUCAAAACUGAGAAGGCGGAUCAGUGCUGCUUAGGAUUGUGCCAGAAGGCUGUGUGCCUGCUUGGUCUUGAUGUUACGUGACAGAUGCUGCUUUGGGACUGGGGAUAAACUGGUUGGGCUGGGCUUUGUGUGUAACCAGCAUUGGUCAAUGGAUGGUAUAUUCCAGGAGGGAUAAGAGAUUCCCUCAGCAUCCAAGCUGUUGUUGUCACAAGGGCUUGGUUGAAAGAGGAACUCUGUGUCCCUACAGUGACUCCAAAGGAGUUGGAUCCAUGCUGGUGACAAUCCAUCAUUUUUUUGGACUCAUUAUCAUUUCUCGUGUCUUUAUCCAUUUCAAGAAACUGGCUCUGCUCUGUCUGCCAUUGUGUCCACUGCCACAGAAGAGCAGAGGGGGAUCCAGGGCUGGAAUCAGCGAAUCUUGACUCUGGGAGACUCUGAGAUAUGUGAAAAAAGGCAGACUUCUUGUGUAGCAAAGGCUUAUUUCACUUCCAACAAGUAGGAAAGAAACUAGGGUGAGAGCAGUAUUUCCUCAUGGACAGGGCACAGGAAUUCGGAACAAGACCCCUCUUCUUUCCUGACAUGGGCAGCUUGGAUAUCCAGGAAUUAACACAGGUGCUGGCUGGGAGCUGUGAGUUACCAGGACAAGAGAUGGCUCUUGGCAUCUGGGGACCCUGAAGCUCUUAAUUCUGGGCAAGUCAUUUCUCUCUGUGCUUCACAAAAUGGUGAUCACAAACCUAUACUACAACCAACAGAUAAGGGGUGGUAGCACAGAGUUGAAUGGCAGUGCUGUGAGCUGAUCUCUGUCUGGGAAUGGUCACACCUGUCACCUUUCUGCCACCGUUCAGCAGUCCAAGUUGGAGAUGUGCCUGCGGGCUUAGCACUUAAGUGAGGAGAAAAGAAAAAAAAAAGAGGAAUUCAGGACUUGGUACUUAAAAAUUCCUGGUGCAGAUGUUUUAGAGGCCCAGCGUGGCAGAGGGAGAAGAGGGGUUUGCAAGCCCAGCUCAGCGGGCAGAGCAAACAUUCCUCCAAGUGUUGGAGUCAUUGCAAAUGAUACAGAACAGUGUCCAGCCGGCAGUGUGGGGAGCGGUUCUGCACGGGUUGCUGCUCAGAAGCCAGUGUGGUCUUUGUCAGUAGAACUGCAUCCCUGCAAAGAACAAGGCUCUCUCAACAGCCAGGCUGCCCAGAGCGUGCUGUCUGCGGAUGCUUCGUCUCCCAGAGUUCAGUAUUAAAGAUCAGGCCGUUCCAGGCUGCUCUUCUUGGUGGGGGGCAGAAGUUGAGGCUCUGUUAAGAUGCCAGUAUAUGACCUUAAUAAGCUGUGAUGUCCUUUCCCUGAUAGUCUGAGGGGUGUUGAGGGCUGGCCUUCCUGCUCCAGGCGCUUUGGAAAGCGCACACAAAUCAACACUAACCCCCACGUGUCCACGCCGUGCCCGAGGCGUUGAGGCAACGCGUUGCUGCUGCCUUUCUCACUAAGCUGUGAUUGCACUUGCUGUGGUAUUCUACAAAGAGGUCCUUUCUUUUCAGAGGUAUUAGCUUUUAAAGUAAAAUUGGAAGAAACCUCACAGGGGCAAGGAGCAAUUGCUCUUUUCACGUUCACACAGUGGUGCUUUCGUGAUGGAGAGUUUGUGCCAUACAAGUCGUAGCAAGAGGCAAUACUGGCCAGACCAGUGUUACGGUUGGUGCAGGGUAACUUCAAACUUCCAACAAGAGGCACUUGUAUGCCCGUGCACGAAGGGUUCUGUUCGUCCCAGGUUCCAAGCAUGAGGUGGUUUGGGUUUUCUUUCUUGAAACCAGUGCAACAGCAAAAGCUUUGCUGUAGCUGGCAAAGAGUGGUCCCCACUGUCACAUCGUUCUGCCACUGAACGUGGUUACCUGGCUACCUGGUUUUGCUCACUCACAGUGGAUGGCUCCUCACUGGACUGCACGUUCAUGCGGCUGGAAAUUUGCAGGGAAAGUCUUCCCCAGGUGUGCGUGCACACAUUUUAUCCCCUCUAAAUAGGGACCAGACGUAGUCGCUUGGUGUGAGUGGCGUUGGAGAGGACAGAUCCACAGCCAUAAACGUCACUGCGGUGUCUGUGUCAGCACCUGGUGCAGCUCUUCCUUCUGAGCCAGCUGUGGGGUUUCCUCUCUCCUCUUUGCAGGAAAAAGUAGCAAUGUGUUGGGUUUGUUUGUUCAUUUGUGUGUUUGUUGGUUCGUUCGUUCAUUCGUUUGUUCAUCCGUUUGUCUUCUGAAGAACGUUUUUCAGCCUGAGCCCUGGGAAAUGUUGUGAGUUCAGCCCAUGGAGUCCUGCAGAGCAGACAGGCCGUGCGGUGCCCAACCGAGGUGGCUCUCUGAGGUCCCUCACCUGAACAGUUUAAGUGACCCCCACACAAAUAUUUUUCUGCUUUCACUCAUUUCCUCCCCACCUCCACCUCCCUCCAGGGAGAGAAGGACUCUUACUGUAAAAGUCUUUUAAACCUGUUGACUAAAAAAACAGUAAUUAAUAUUAAUUUAUAUUUGUGGGAAAAAAAAAAAAUGCCACUGUCCUAGUGAUUUCUGAUGUAAAUAUGUUGUUUAUAUAGUAUGUAUUAAAUUUUCCUACAUUGUAAAACUGCUGUACUUUUGAUUCUUGUAUAUUAAAAAGUGUUCCUGAGGUUUUCA